GACAACUUCAAUUAGGUAGUUGCGCCCCGAGCGGUAAGUGACCAUGAGGAUCUAGUUGUCUGUGGUUCGGAUUUAUGGUUAGGAUAGUCGCAGGAUUGCGUAGCUGACUUUUACAAUAAAGAAAAUGAGUACUUCCCAGAAAGUGUCAAAAAGUAAGAAGCAUAAAAAGGGUGGGAAACGAGAAGACUUUGACGAUAAUGAUGAUGCGGGACAGAUAACGGAAAAAAUAUCCGAAUUGAGUGUGAAAGAGCCAGUUCAAAAAUCGGGUCAAAAAACGCCUGCUGCCCAGAUGGUUUCUAAGGGUAAGAAAAAUAAGAAAAAUUCGAAGAAGGGUAACUUUUUUGAAGAUGAGAAUUCUGGAGAUGAGGUUGAAAAGAUUUCCGAAUUAGCCGUUGAAGAUUCGGACGCGGAACGAAAUGAAAAAAUUCACGCUGCCCAGCUGGUUCGAAAAGGCAAAAAGAAUAAGAAGAACGUUAAAAAAGAUCUCUUAUUCGACGAUGAAAACUCUGCUGAGGAAGCGGAGAUUUCCGAAUUAGCCGUCAAAGACUCGGAUGACGAACAAGUAGAAAAAAAUUAUGCCACUCCGGUAACCCGAAAAGGUAAGAAGAACAAAAAGAAUAAAAAAUCGGAUUUCUUUGACGAUGAUAAUUCAGGGGAUGAAGUUAAGGAAAUCACGCCACUAAGCGAUGAGGGAUCAGAGGCGGAGUCGACUAGCAAAGCAAGUUCCAUCCAAUCAAAGCGAAAGGCUAAAAAAAAUAAAAAGAAUGCUAAGAAAGAGGAGCACUUUGAAGAUGAAGAAGACAAAAAUGAGUUGGAAGAUUUAUCCGAUGAGCUAGGUUCUGAAAAUGCAGAUGAGGAUGAUGAAAAGAUACAUGCUGCUCAGAUUGUGCAAAAGGGUAAGAAAAACAAGAAGAAUGUCAAGAAGCCAGAACUUCUAGUAGAUGAAGGAGAAGAGAAGGUGGUGGACGAACCACCUGAAGUGACCGUUGAUAAACCAGUGGUAAAAUUGACCCAUAAGGAAAAAAAGAAAUUGAAAAAACAACAAGAAUAUGAAGCGACUGUUGAACUUAUGACAAAGAAAGGUGGCCAAGGACACAGCGAGUUAGAAUCCAAUUUUACCGUAUCUCAGAGUAUAAAUCAAAGCAGAGGCCAACAGCAGCUAGAUAAUGCAGUCGAUAUAAAAGUUGAGAAUUUCAGUAUCGCCGCCAAAGGAAAAGAUCUUUUUACCAAUGCUAGUCUCUUAAUUGCUCAAGGAAGAAGAUAUGGUCUUGUCGGACCUAAUGGACAUGGCAAGACAACACUGCUUCGCCAUAUAGCGCAAAGAGCAUUUGCCAUACCACCAAAUAUAGAUAUUCUUUACUGUGAACAAGAAGUGGUCGCAGAUGAUACACCGGCUGUAGAGGAAGUUUUGAAAGCUGAUGUAAAGCGCACAGAAUUGAUGGGAGAAUGUAAAAAAUUGGAGGAACAAGCGGAACGGGGUGAUACCAAAGUUCAGGAUCGUCUUCAGGAGGUUUAUGACGAACUUAAGGCAAUUGGCGCUGACUCAGCAGAACCUCGAGCACGUAGAAUCUUAGCUGGUCUAGGGUUUAGUCGUGCUAUGCAAGAUCGAGCAACAAAAAAUUUCUCUGGUGGUUGGCGAAUGCGUGUUUCGUUGGCUCGAGCUCUUUUUGUAGAGCCGACACUGUUGCUACUUGAUGAACCGACAAACCAUUUAGAUUUGAACGCUGUUAUUUGGUUAGACAAUUAUCUCCAGGCUUGGAAGAAAACUUUAUUAAUAGUAUCUCACGACCAGAGUUUCUUGGACAAUGUAUGCACAGACAUUAUACACUUGGAUCAGCAGAAAUUGUACUACUAUAAAGGAAAUUAUAGUAUGUUCAAAAAAAUGUACGUUCAGAAGCGCAAAGAACAGAUUAAGGCCUGGGAAAAACAAGAAAAACGUUUGAGAGAUUUAAAAUCUUCCGGAUCUAGUAAAAAACAGGCUGAGAAAAAACAGAAGGAAGCCUUAACUAGGAAACAGGAGAAAAACAAAUCGAAAAUACAGAAGCAAGAAGAUGAUAAUGGACCUCAAGAAUUGUUGCAGAGGCCUAGGGAGUAUCUAGUCAAAUUUAGCUUCCCAGAUCCACCGCCGUUGCAGCCGCCUAUCCUUGGACUGCAUAACGUAACGUUCGCUUAUGCCGGCCAGAAACCGCUGUUCAUCGAAGUAGAUUUUGGUAUAGAUUUGAGUUCUCGGAUAGCAAUCGUUGGCCCCAACGGUGUGGGAAAGUCAACCUUUUUAAAACUUUUGACCGGAAAGCUAGAGCCGCAGCAAGGAGACUUGAUUAGAAAUCAUCGCUUGAGGAUAGGUAAAUUUGAUCAGCAUUCUGGAGAGCACUUGACAGCCGAAGAAACGCCUUCAGAAUACUUGAUGAGACUCUUCGAUUUGCCUUAUGAAAAAGCUAGGAAACAACUAGGAACAUUUGGGUUAAGUUCUCACGCUCAUACAAUAAAGAUGAAAGAUCUCUCCGGUGGGCAGAAAGCGCGUGUUGCAUUAGCGGAACUCUGCCUUAAUGCUCCUGAUGUUGUUAUUCUCGAUGAACCUACCAAUAAUCUGGAUAUUGAAUCAAUUGACGCUUUAGCCGAGGCUAUGAACGAAUAUAAGGGUGGUGUGAUCAUAGUUUCUCACGAUGAACGACUCAUUCGUGAAACGAGUUGUUGCCUAUACGUCAUUGAAGAUCAACGAAUCAACGAAAUCGACGGUGACUUCGACGAUUAUAGAAAGGAGCUUUUGGAAAGCCUUGGGGAGGUUGUGAACAAUCCUAGCAUUGCUGCCAAUGCGGCAGUCUUGCAGUGACCACUUGCAGUUCGUAGCAUUUAGAUAAAAA